AUGUACUCCAUUGGUGGAUUGAUUUUUAUAACGCUAUUACAAUUAUUAUUCUUAUCGUUUAUUGAUAAAGAAUAUGAACAACUCUUCGAUAAUUUAUUGCUAAUAAGAAGAAACAACCCAUCUCUGGUGUCUUCUCUGAACUCUUUCAUGGUACAACAUGAGCAAAUUUGGAAAAUAGUGGAAGAAUUUAAAGUUAAAUUCGGCUAUCCGUUUCUCUGUAACUACGUAUUCAUCGUAUUUUCUACUAGUUAUUACUAUUACAUGUAUUUCUUCAGAGAAACAGUUGACAGAGUGGCCAAUAUAUACCUAGAGUUGAGUAUUAUCUCCACUAUUGUUUGCGUCAUCUAUGGUUUAAAAUUGAGUUCUCUCUCCUUUAAGAUGCAGAAUGGAUUUCAGGAUAUUCGGCUGUUUGCAGUGUCAGACACUUCUGUAGAAAUUCUGAAUUUUAUGAAACGAUUCGGCAAAGUUCCAUUAGUACUUUCGAUGGGAGGAUUCUUCUACAUAACUAAAAGAUUCCCUAUUAAGAUGUUUAGUUCUCUUCAUUCCGUAUUUUCCGGACUGUUAAAAUUGCGAACAAUUAGUUAUCGAAAUGGAAACUGUAAAGGAACUUUUACUGAUAAUGCCACUCACUUUUAUGAAAUUUAA